CACCAUGAAAUUUGAUGGUUCUCGUACCAUGCAUGAGCACGUUACUGAAAUGAGUAACAUUGCAGCAAGACUUAAGACUCUUGGGAUGACUGUGGAUGAGAACUUCCUAGUACAGUUUAUCAUUAACUCUUUGCCUCCUGAGUAUGGUCCAUUCCAUAUGAAUUAUAAUACCUUAAAGGACAAAUGGAAUGUGAAUGAAUUGCACAGUAUGCUCGUGCAAGAGGAGACAAGGCUUAAGAAUCAAGGAACUCAUUCUAUUCAUCUUGUAAGUCGUCAAGGAGAUGGAAAGAAAUAUAAGAAAAGGUCUGGAAAGGGCAUUAAGCAAGGACCACUAAAGAUAAAUGAGUCUUCUGCCCAAAUCCACAAUAAGGAACACAAGAAAGAUGUGUGCCAUUUCUGUCGCAAACCUGGGCACCAUAAAAAGGACUGCCUGAAACGUAAGGCAUGGUUCGAAAGUAAAGGGAUUCCUUUCAACCCAGACCAUAAAUCUAAAUGAAAAGUUUGUCCUCAUGGGAAAUCGAGUCAAAGCUCCAGUUGAAGCCAUUGGAACCUAUCGUUUGAUUUUAG